GAACCUGUUACUGCCCAUACACACCUGGAACACACACGCCUUGCCCUCCAGUGUGUGCAGUCGUCUCUGACUGCGACACACUGGGAGUCGGCCUAGCUACACCUGUGGGGACUCUCUCUCUCUCUCUCUCUCUCUCUCUCUCUCUCUCUCUCUCUCUCUCUCUCACCUUUGGACCGUCGGCUGAGUUUAUUUAACGACUCGGACUCUCUCCUUUUUUAUUAUUCCCUCGUUCGUGCUCCUCCGGCUCGACUCAACGCACCCGGCUGCUUACGUCUCGUCAAGAGCCGCCUCACCUCGUAUGCGUCCGUCACUCGCCGUGAUGGAUUCCCUGGAAGCCGCCCGCAGAAGGCCGUGAGUGUGUGUGUGUGUGUGUUUGUGUGUGUGUGUGCGUGUGUGUGUGUGUGUGUGUGUCCGGCUGCAGAACCAGGAUGAUGGAGGAGGUGUCCACCAUCAUGACGUACGACGUCCACGUCAUGGAGCAGAUGAGCGAGGAGGAGAUCUUGGCCUGCUUGAUCCCAGCCACGGAGACCACACUGGGGGAAAGUCGGCUUGAAUUGAUGGACGACGAUGAGCCUUUGGACAGAUACCUGAGGGAGAACCAUCGGCUGCAGCAGGCCGGCCUCCGUCUGGAGCAGGAGAACGACAACCUGGCUCACAGGUUGAUCAGCAGCAAGGUGGCCUUGAGGAACACCCUGGACCUGGCGGAGGACCAAGUGGACCGACUCACCAAAGACCUGUUCCAGACCAAACAUCAGCUGCAGGCCACAGAGGAGGAGAAAAGAGGCAAAGACGAGGAGGCUGCCGUGUCGAAGGAAGUGUUCCGGAGAGAGCUGGACAAGGCGGAGCACGAAGCCAGGAGGUCGGCGGGGGUCAUCGCGGACUACAAACAGAUCUGCUCUCAGCUGGGGAAGCAGCUGGAGAAGCAGCAGGCGGCCCACAGAGAGCAGCUAGACACGCUCAAGAGCGCCGCGGCGUGCUGCUCGCGCUGCCGGCGACUCGUGGAACCGGAUGAACCGACGGGAGGCCGCGGGGCGACCGAACCGGGCCGGGAAGAGGACGCCGGAGGUCCCGGAGGCGCGGCGGUGCAAAGGAGGAGAGACGCCCGGGAGAAGGAGUCCCUCAGGGCCCAGACCAGGGAGCUGGAGCAAGACUUGGCCAAGACCAAACUCCAGAUGGUGGAGGCCAACUGCAAGAUCCAGGAGCUGCAGCACCAGAAGGGAGUCCUGGCCAACGAUCUGCGGGAGGCGAAGAACAACUGGAUCAGCAAGGCCUUCACCUCGCUGCGGCCCUCCGGCGAAGAGGGACCUCACAGUAUUAGCGAGGCCGGAGAGAGAGCUCCGGCGGCGGGCCGGAACCUCCGCAAAGGCGGCGGCGGCGGCGGCGGCUCCUCCCUCUCCCGGUGGAGCGCCGUCAGGAAGCUGCCGUGGCCUCGCAGAGACAACCGGGAGGACGCGUGAGCGGGCGAAGGCCUCCGAGUAUUAAUUCACACGUCUAGUCGAAGUCCAGUCGCUGCUAUCGCUUGUUUUUUUUGGGGU